AUGAGGGUUCGGCGGUGGCACUACGUCCUGCUCCUCCUAACCAAUGCGGUUCGUGCGAUCUUCACCCUCCAAGGUUGUUGUUUCCCAGACCCUACGACAAAUACCCCCUUCAGGACUUCACCAUCUAGCUCUGGGCUUCUUGAGUUUACUUUGUUACCUUCCGCGCUUCCACCAACUUCUCCUUUGCUACUCGCGAUGCAAAGAGCAACGGAUCUUCAAGGUGGCGUGCCAUCAGCUGUUUCAGAGACAAUCUCUCGUUUGGCUGGAAAGUCUGGUGUGAAGGCUACAAUGGUCCUCGAUCGGUCGCUCAACACUGUUCUGCAAACGACUGGCUCGUUUUCCUCGUUUCGAUCCCUUGACGCUCCGAGAAACACAGCCUCAGCUAGCACAACCUCCGAUACAAAUACUGCGAAUGAAGAAGGAGUGGAUGAGUUUGCGGCAAUGAUAUGGAGCUUUGUGAAUUCGGCUGGUGGGCUGGUUCAUAACCUUGAUUCUGAGGAUGACAUCAAGCUCCUCCGAUUGCGAACCAAGAAGAACGAGCUCGUCAUUGUGCCGGAUCCCAAAUACAUCUUUGUUGUUGUUCAUGAUACCCCCCCAGCAUAA